AUGGCACGGCGGAUAGAGACGAUACAGUGCCCCCCGAAGGUAACUUCUGAGUAUAACUCCUCGAAGCACGUGUGGGUAGUUACGAUCACUACUACCGUGCUCCAAACCAUCUACUUAGGUCGAGAGUUCGUGGAGAAAGAAUCCCAACUGUCCAUCGUCACCUUCCUAGAUAAGAACGCUUCAGCAUUAAAGAAACGGUCAUCCGAAGUGGUGUAUCUCAAAUCAGAUUCUGAGACGGAGGAAGAAGAAUUCAACAAUCCUGACCUGGAGAAAGACGCCAUGGAGGAGGAUCCAGAGGAGGAGUCGAAUCCUUGCGAAAGUCCAAAGGUGGAAUACGUACCCUAUUCACUCACCUCGGCACCCCGUCGAGUCUUAGUUCAUCCCACACCAAGGAAUCGAAUCUUCACUGUGCGGAAAGGUGUUGGAGGAAGACCACUGAUACCCCGAUUCAGGACUUAUGGCGAGUCAUGGACGCCCAUGGGUCCCAAUACUCCCAGGCUGGAGGAAGGACAAACCAGUACGUCUUUUGCUGACUUUAAGAAGAUCGGUCCGCCUGAGUUCCGUGGGGCCCUCGACCCUGAUAUGGCAGAAGAAUGGCUGACAGAAAUGGAAAAAGUAUUCACAAUUUUUCCAUGCACUGAGGUGCAGCAAGUGAAUUACGUUACCUUCAUGCUUAAAUCUGAUGCCGAGUUCUGGUGGGAUGGAGCAAGACGGUUGUUGGAGGAUGCUGGAACAGAUAUCAGCUGGGCCACCUUCAAGGAAGCUUUCUACAAGAAGUACUUUCCCCUUUCUAUUCGAGAGUCCAAGGAGAUGGAGUUUCUUCAGCUGAAGCAAGAUAGGAUGAGUAUUGCAGAGUACACAGAGAAGUUCGAGAGGCUCUGUAAAUUUUCCGCAAUGUAUAAGGCUAAUCCAGACGAAAAGUGGAAGUGUAUGAAGUAUCAAGGAGGGCUCAGGGCAGAAAUCCUAACCGCAAUAGCUCCACUGGAAAUCCGGAAGUUCUCCUCCCUUGUUAGCAAGUGCCAGGUGAUCGAAGAAUGCACCAAAAAGCUAGCAUCAGAAAGAAGCGAGGAUUUCAAGAAAAGGCAGCUAAAUCAAGGAUCUUCUCAACAGCCAUCACAGAAGAAGGCCUUUCUUGGAAGACCUACAGGAAGGCAACCUCAACAGGGCACGAGUCGUCAGAAACCUCCCACUGACCCCCUACCAAAGAACACCGAACUCAAGGAGUGUGCUUCGUGUGGGAAGCAACAUAGGGGUAGGUGCCUUGCCGGGCAAAAUGUCUGCUUCCGAUGUUUUCAGUCGGGGCAUAUCGCCAGGGAAUGCCCAGGAGUUCCUCCACCCUCUGCCAAUGCACCCCAGCGUCAGGGGCGAGUCUUUGCCCUCAGCAGCGAGGAAUCCCACCAGUCAAAAGAUCGAAUCGAGGAUUUCAAUCAGGAGUUGGGUGAGAUACCAGUAGUACGAGACUUUUCAGAUGUCUUCCCCGAAGAUAUUCCCUAUUUUUCCCCAACACGAGAAGUCGAGUUCUCCAUAGAUUUGGUGCCUGGGACGGGACCAAUCUCCAUAGCCCCUUACCGGAUGGCUCCGUUGGAGCUCACUGAACUGAAGAACCAACUGGAAGAGUUGCUGCAAAAGGGAUUCAUCAGAAUAAGUGUCUCUCUCUGGGGAGCUCCAGUAUUAUUUGUGAAGAAAAAAAAUGGCAGUAUGCGUCUCUGCGCAGACUAUAGACAACUUAACAAAAUCACGGUGAAGAAUAAGUAUCCCUUCCCAAGAAUAGAUGACUUAAUGGACCAACUACAAGGUGCAACAGUGUUCUCCAAAAUUGACUUGAGAUCAGGGUAUCAUCAAAUAAGGGUAAGAGAGGAAGACAUCCAAAAGACGACUUUUCGAAUGAGAUACGGACACUACGAGUUUACAGUAAUGUCUUUUGGGUUGACCAAUGCCCCCGCCGUCUUUAUGGACUACAUGAAUAGAAUCUUUCGACCUUACCUUAACAGUUUCGUGGUGGUGUUCAUAGAUGAUAUUUUGAUUUUCUCCAAGACAGAAGAAGAACAUAAGGAGCACUUGCGUGUAAUACUAGGAACCCUCCGAGAGAAAAAGUUAGACGAGAAACUAUCCAAGUGUGAGUUUUGGAUGAAGGAGGUACAAUUUCUUGGACAUAUGGUUUCUGGCAACAGAAUAUCAGUAGAUCCAAGUAAGAUAGACUCUGUACUAAACUGGGAAAGGCCGACGUCAGUAACAGAAAUAAGGAGUUUUUUAGGAUUGGUGGGCUACUAUAUGAGGUUCAUAAGAGGGUCUUCCCAAGUAGCCCUACCGUUAACUCGCUUAACCAGGAAGGAUACCCUGUUUAUUUGGAUGCCAGAUUGCGAAAGAAGCUUCCAAGAGUUAAAAUGUCGCUUGACAUCCACCCCAGUACUAACCCUACCUAACCCCAACAUGGCUUUUGAAGUCUACUGCGAUGUCUCAGGGCAAGGAUUGGGUUGCGUACUAAUGCAAUGCAAAAAGGUAGUGGCGUAUGCGUCGAGGCAACUGAAGACCCACGAAGCCAACUAUCCAACUCACGACCUUGAACUAGCCGCGAUAGUAUUUGCACUGAAAACAUGGAGACACCAUUUGUAUGGAGUUGGGUUUCAAGUAUUCUCCAAUCAUAAGAGCUUAAAGUACCUAUUCGACUAG